CCACACCCACCCCCCCUCCAGCUGCCCUCAUGGCGAAGAAGAGCUUCUCCAGAAAGUACAUGAAAAGUUGGUUCUCCCGGAGCGAGGCCAACCUGGACGAGUCUGUGCAGCGGGAGGACGCAGCAGCUGCAGCUGCAGCAGCAUCGAGCAAACAUGAGGGAGAGAAGAAGAAGUUCAAGUUCCCGAAGCUCCGGCUGAAGCCGAAGAGCAGCGCGGGCCCGGAGAGGUCGGCCGGCGGCAGCUCGGAGGUGCUCAGUGCCGCCGAGCCCAUCGACACAGCUGAGGACGCCGAGGCCAGGGAGGACAAGGUCGUCCUGGACCGCAAGAGUGCGUCCCUCUACGCCACCGCACCCAGGUCAAAGAGCAAAGAAUUCAGCUACUCGGAGUUGGACCUCCGCAAGCCCAAGAGGUUUGCCACCUUCUCCUUUGGUCUUAAAAAGAGGAAGAGGAAGGAUGAAGAGAAACUCUCCAAGAGCUCGUUUGUUCUUCAUAGUCCACCCAUCGACGAGCAAGAGGAGACCACGAUGGACCUCAGUGAGAUGGAGCUGGAUCAGGGCCACGUGAAGACGAUGUUCAGUUUGUCUCAGCCGGAGCUCGUCAGCCGCAAGAAGUUCGACAUCCCGUCUCCUCCCCCCGUGGCCACCAAACAAUCAGAGUCACACUUCAGUCUCCCUGACCAAUCAGAGGCCGGCUACACCUUGAACACCCGUCCUGAAGCGAAGGAGCGUCUGAACCUCACCGAUCGGUUCCAUGUGAACGAGGAUUUACCCAAACCACCGAUAGCUUCCAUUCCUGAGCUGCAGCUAGAUGACGAGGAGGUGAACAUUUCCGCUCACCACAAGCUGACCAGAGGUGGCGCCAAAUCACCUGCUCCUUUGACAGACAGCGUCCCUGUUGCUGAUACCCAGAAUGCACCUCACCUUCCAGCCAGGCGGCCUCCGGGCGCGCCGCACUCCUCAGAUCACAAUGCAGCAGUUGUCGAGUCAGUCAGUGGAAGCACCAGCCCUUGUGAUAAUGAUGUCCUCCAGCAGUCUCACACAAACACUGAAAUCUCUCCUCUGGAAUCCACCAGAGUUCCGUUAUCACAUCAUCAACCUGAAGCCUCCGGCGGCACGGCCCCGAGCACCGACCCCAACACCGGUGCUACAUUCACCGAGUCGCCCCUCGUUCGAGAUUCUGCCCCCGGCCGUGAAGACGUCUCGGUGUCUUCGUUUCCCGAAGCUGCCAAGAGCCUCACCACAGCCUCGGCCGACGGCAGAGCCCAGCGCCCUCCCAGCCAGGCUGUGGUUUACGGAGAACUGUACGAUUCACUUUUCCCUCAGAGUUUCUCCUCUGAGGUGACGUCCUCCCUCUCGUACCCUCCUCCCUCCCCUCUUCUCAUCCACACGGAGAGGAUAGAGGUGAACACCACACUGGAGCCGGCCCUGGUGAAGACCCAGAGUGUUGUCUCCUCCCAGCUGUCGUCUUCACACACCCGCAGACCGGACGAUGCAGAAAGCAGAUUAACCAACACACGUGUCGACCCUCGGGAUUUCCAAAUGGACGCAAACGCGUAUCGUCCUUCCUCUCUCGUCUUUAAAGACAUUCCUUCUUCAGAGAGGACCCGCUCGGUUUCCAAUGUGAAAUCAGACUGUGUUGUCAGGUCAGUCCCCACGGGGCAGAGCCCUCCCCCACCGGUUUGUGACUCUGCAGCCUCCCCUGGGGCCGAGACUCGGGUUACUGCCUCCAAACAGAGAGUGAUCCUUGUGAAAGAGUUAGUCACAGAGGAAGCGAGCGCCCACUCCGCUUGUGUCUCUCCUGUCCCGGACAAAAUGAGCGCACUCGAGAGUCUCGAGAUACAAAUCGAUACGACAGAGUUCUUAUACGCUGCUUCCGGUGCAGGGCCGAGGGAGGGGAGCGAGGGGCCUUUGAGCCCAGCGUACCUGAGCGUGGGUUCGGAUGAUGGCAGCGUCAUGGAGGUGUACUACAGCGCCGAGGAGAACAACCAGGAGGAGGAGGAGGAGAGCGAGGAAGAGGAGAUGUACACGAUGUACGAGAGAGAGGAGGUGGAAGGUUUAAAGGAGAGGGAGUGGGGGGAGGUCGUGGAGACGGGGAGAAGCGAGAGAGGUGAGGGAGAAUUCAGGGUGGUGAUUGUUAAAAUGCAGAGUGAGGAAGGAGAUGAGGGAAACAACAUGGAGCUCAUCAGCCAAACUGAAGAGGAGCAGCAUCAACCGAUGGGUCACAUGGAGGAGACUCCAGUGCCAGAAAGUGAGAUGCUGGAGUAUUUGUUGAGCAAUGAUGCAAAGAGGCAGGAGACAGAAGUAGCACCUGCAGUGUUAUCACAGAUUAAAGAGGAGGUGGAGGAGGAGAUGCACACGAUGUACGAAAGAGAGUUGGUGGACGGUUUAAAGGAGAGGGAGUGGGGGGAGGUCGUAGAGACGGGGAGAAGCAUGAGAGGUGAGGAAGAAUUCAGGGUGGUGAUUGUUAAAACGCAGAGCGAGGAAGGCAGCGAGGGCGAAACUGAAGAGGAGCAGCAUCAACCGAUGGGUCACGUGGAGGAGACUCCAGUGCCAGAAAGUGAGAUGCUUGAGUAUUUGUUGAGUAAUGAUACAAAGAGGCAGGAGACAGAAGUAGCACCUGCAGUGUUAUCACAGAUUAAAGAGGAGGAGGAGGUGGAGGAGGUGGAGGAGGAGAUGCACACGAUAGACGGGGAGAAGCGAGAGAGGUGA